GUGAAAAGUGGUGACGCCGGAAGAUUUACGGAAGUGGAAAACCGAAAUAGGAAGCGACGGAAACUCCUCUUUACUCUCGGAAUCGGAGACUCGACAACUGGCGACGAGGAGGGUAAUACGAAACUCAACAUGGAUGAGAGCCGUGCUUUGCCAAUGUUCCGUUGUGAGCAGAUCGAAAAUAGUAAAUUGGCAAAGGAAUGGGCUGAUUGGAGAGGAGCUCUAGAGUGCUAUUUUGAGUCAUGCCAAAUUACGGAUCAGAAACUAAUGCGAGCCAAAAUGCUUCAUCUCGGUGGACCACAAUUGCAAAAAGUUUUUCGAAGUCUCGAGGGAACCGAAAGUUUUGCUACGGUCUUAAUCGAAAAACCGUGGUACAACGUAGCCGUGGAUUGUUUGGAUGCUUAUUUUAAACCACAGAGGCAAGAUGUUUUGGAACGACAUAAGUUGCGUGAAAUAAGACAAGGCUCGAAUGAACGUUUUGGACAUUUUGUAUUGCGUUUACGUCAGCAAAUCAAAGAUUGCGGUCUCGAAAAAUACUCCCUCGAAGUACGAGAAGUUUUGGAAGAAAUUCUCCUUACGGACGGCAUAGCUGAAGGAUGUACUUCUCUGGAUCUACGACGUAAAAUCUUCGAAAAGGAUAGAACAUUAGCUGAAAUUGAAGCCCUUGGCCAGUCAUUUGAAAGUGUCAAGAUACAGGAGAGCGAAAUGAACAAACAUGCUACAGGUUUUCACGAUAAGAAUCAACUAGAUGUUCAUAAGAUUCAAUCGCGACCGUACAGCUUUGAUAAGAAACAAAAUAGAGUCGUUAAUCGUUUCUACAAAUUUCAAGCAGCAAGUGACCGACCGGAAUCUAAGAUUUUAUGUUAUGGUUGCGGCGGUUAUGGACAUAUUGCCAAGUCUUAUAAUUGUCCAGCAAAAGGAAAACGUUGUCCAAGAUGCAAUGCAUUUGAUCACUCGGAAAAUGUCUGUCGUAGGCAGACAGUCAAUAGACAAUUUCGUCAUAUGCAAGAUCAACGUACAUCGAAAAAGGGCAUGUCUACCUCAGUAAUGUCAAUCAACCAAUCCAACGAACAGAAACCUGAGCAACAAGAUGUCGAAAAAGAAGUUUCUCAAGAAGAGCAAAAGGUCUACUACACAUUUUAUACUGGAAACAAAUCAAAUGAAAUCGUGUGCCAUAUUGUUAAUUUGUGCCUUUGUUAAUUUAAAUUACCUCCAAUACUUGUUUUUGUUUGAUUAGUUUUAAAUUCAUUGUUAGCUAA